AUGAGCAAGCAGGCACGAGAACGACACAAGUCGAGGACCAAGACAUUCACAGGCUGUUGGGGCUGCCGUGCUCGGAGGAGGAAGUGUGACGAGCAUCGGCCUUCAUGUCGCCGCUGCACUGAUUCUGGACGAGAAUGUCCUGGCUACGCCACUCAGUUGCAGUGGCUUCGUCCAACCUGUGGCGACCCAAGCCUAUGCGUGCAGGCGUUGAAUACGAAGGGUGCUCGUCGACGCCUCAUCUCGCCCAAUACGUUUCCUGUAGUGCUGGCGUCGGAUCAGGUGGAGCGUCACAUCGCUGACCUCGACGCUUGCAAUGCUCCUGGCGAAUUGGGGCCAUUUUCUGUCUUCCAGGUCCUUGAAACAUCAGUAGAGCCUCAUCUGCGCUUAUCACACACCUUAGCCUCACCGUGCCCAACGGAUGAUUCGCCUGCUUCGACUCGGUCGACUGAAGCCGACCGCAGCGAGCAUACCGACGGACCCUUUCAAGAUGUUGCUGACGAUGGACAAGACACUAAUGUCACAACCACUGACGGCAACGCUUUUGUCGCCGACCUAACACCAGCAUCGCCAUCUUGGCAGCCACCACAUCCACUGUCACAAGAGCAUGCAAACCCCGUUUUGUCCCCUACUGCGAGCUCAGCAGAGCUCGCCGUCUCCAGUCAAUCACCGGAUCUAGGCACUUGGCCGACGCCCGUCAUGCAAGUAUCAGACGACGUCAAAGUUCUCUUGUCAAACUAUAUGUAUCGGGUUGUUGACACUUUCGCCAUUAUCAAGAGUCCUAAAAAUCCUUGGAAGAUAAUCCACUUGCCUAGGGCAGUCCAAAUUGCAGGUGAGCUGACUCUGAUUGGAUCGACAACCACUGUUCGUCUGGCACUUUUCAAUGCCAUAUUGGCUGUUAGCUCCUUCUACAUGGCCAACGACCCGCAGCAUCUGCAGCAAAUCCCGAAAUGGACACAGCUAGCUUCCAACUUCCGUAGUCGGGCUAUCGUCUUCUUGAAUCGCGCCAUCAAUGAGGAAGUCGACAUGACUCCACGUCCAAAGUACAAAGAAUUACUCGCUGCAACAUUGACCAUGAUCACUGUCGAUGUCGCGUCUGGUGAAGCUGAGACUUGCUCGCUACAUCUCGACGGAUGCGAGCAAAUCAUCCGCCACGUCCGGAAACGCAAGAGCCGGUUUUCUCACAAAGCACGGGCGCUACAUCGCAUUUAUUUCUACUUACGCACCAUUCACGAUGCGACACGUCCGUGGACCGUUGCCGAUGCCUCUGUUACAAAUGAAUCGCAUCAAUAUAGCAGCUCUACAGGUUCCCCAACAGCUGAGAGGUCUACCGUGACGUCGCCGCUUCGCAAUGCCGAAUUUGCUACAUCAUUUGAACGUGGAUCUGGUCUCUGGCUUGACAUGACCGAGAGCUCGAUACCAGACAUGACAGCAUGCGAAUUUGUUUACGGGAUACCACAAAGCGCUUUGGUGUUGUUGCGGAGAGCGACUGUGGCUCUGCGCCUUGAUUAUCUCGCGAAUGAUUGCGAUGCCGACGCUGCAGAUUCCAUCGAAAUACAGGAAAUUUGCCGAUCCGUUGAGCUGGAGAUUCUGAAUUGGUCUGCGCAAACAGAAUUAGGGAAGAAAGCACACUUGUUCAGUGAGGACGAGUUUUGUCUAGUCAAGCGCCAAACCAAUGCAUUCCACCACGCGCUCGUGAUAUACUUCGCGAAGCAAUAUCGCCAUCUGCCAUCGCUAUAUCUGGCGAGCAAUGUGCUCGCAGCUCUUCAGGAUCUCGAAGAGCUGGAGCAACUCAAAACAGCUCAUCAUAUCGAGGCCUCCCCAAUCUUCUGGCCGGCUUUCAUCGCGGCAUGUGAAGCACGCGACAAGCAAACGCGACAGCGUUGGAGGACAUGGUAUGAAAAGGCAGAAGCAUAUAACGUGAAUCAUGCAAUGAGCUCGGGAGGAAACUUUGCCUUUGAGACAUGGGAUCAUGAAAGCACUAACAAUGUAGCUGACGCUGCAGACGAUCGAUGCAGAUGGCGAGUUAUGGUAGAAAGUCAGCAACUUUGCUUGAUGCUGACGUGA